GAGAGAGAGAGAGAGAUAUCCUCGUGCGCUCUGAGUGCUGGUUUCUGGGUUGGGUAGAGAGAAGCGCGGAAAAGCGGAAUAUUGCCCGAGAUUAUCCACGAGCUCAAACAUCAGGAGACCCUCAAGAGAGGCAUCAACAGUCGAAAACACACCAUUUAUAAAGGUUUUUCUCGGAAAUUAUCCGAAGCAGCCAUGCCAUUUGGCUGUUUGACACUGGGAGAGAAGAAGGAUUAUAACAGUCCUUCAGAGGUCACCGAUAAAUAUGACCUGGGACAGGUAGUGAAAACGGAGGAGUUUUGUGAAAUAUUCAGGGCGAAGGACAAAAACACCUUGAAAAUGUACACCUGUAAAAAGUUCCUGAAGAAAGACGGGAGAAAAGUACGGAAAGCUGCCAAAAACGAGAUCCUCAUCCUGAAAAUGGUGAAACAUCAUAAUAUCCUGCAGCUGGUCGAUGUCUUUGAGACAAGAAAAGAAUACUUCCUCUUUUUGGAACUGGCCACAGGCAGGGAGGUGUUUGACUGGAUCCUAGACCAGGGCUACUACUCAGAACGCGACACCAGCAAUGUGAUACGGCAGGUGUUGGAGGCUGUGGCAUAUCUCCACUCUCUCCGCAUCGUCCACAGAAACCUAAAGCUGGAAAAUCUUGUCUAUUACAACCGUCUGAAGAACUCCAAAAUCGUAAUCAGCGACUUUCACCUGGCCAAACUUGAGAAUGGUCUCAUUAAAGAGCCGUGUGGCACACCAGAAUAUCUUGCUCCAGAGGUGGUUGGCAGACAGAGAUAUGGUCGACCAGUGGACUGCUGGGCCAUCGGUGUGAUCAUGUACAUCCUACUGUCAGGAAAUCCGCCAUUUUAUGAAGAGACAGAUGAUGACGAGUAUGACAACCAUGAUAAGAAUCUGUUCCGGAAAAUUCUGUCUGGGGAUUACGAGUUUGACUCGCCCUAUUGGGAUGACAUCUCUGAUUCAGCAAAAAGUCUAGUUGCAUGUUUAAUGGAGGUGGACCAAGACCAGAGACUCACUGCACAGGAAGCAAUCAACCAUGAAUGGAUAUCCGGAAAUGCCGCCUCAGACAAGAAUAUCAAAGAUGGGGUUUGUGCUCAGAUUGAGAAAAACUUUGCUAAAGCCAAAUGGAAGAAAGCUGUCCGUGUGACCACCAUGAUGAAAAGGCUCAGGGCUCCGGAUCAGAGUGAUUCUGGGGCAUCUAGUCCAGCACUCGGAGCGUCAGGAGGUCCGGUCACCCCUAGCACCACCCCUGUUCCCCUGGCUGCCACACCAGUGCCUCCUCGCAGUACCUUGGGUAGUCAAGAGCACCCAGAGGCCCACGGAGAGGGUGCCUUGGUUCCCACACGGUGUAAUGGAGAGAUAUUAACAGCCCAGCAGCCUGCUGGUGAGACCAGAGAGGAAUAAAAUUACUGAUCCUGAAAAAUAUACAGUAGUGACUAAUAGAAGAACAUAUAUACAGUAUAUUGAAAACUAAUGGUGGAGCAAAAUUUACUUGUGCUUAGAAGCUUAUAGCCAUUAUACAUUUCAUCUGUGCAAAAAUUACUCCCAGUCCAAUAGUAGUCUAUUUGUAUUUUCUUUAAAGGGACAAUAAGUAGGAUUUACCCCCAUCUAGUGGUGAGAUUGUAUUUUGCAUUCAAACAAAUAGUGCUCUCUAGCGCCUCGCUUUUCCAAAUGCGUGUUGCAACUACGAUAGCCAUUAUGUACUCACUGAUCUCCGUGUCCGUUUCAGCUAGUUCACGUGUUCUGAAUGAAAACAAAUUGGUAGGCUAGUGCUUUUUGUCUGCUCUCUGCUAUUAUAGUGUAUUAAUGCGGGGGAACGACAUGGACGCCUCCUUGGACUUACCCGUUCAAUGUAAGUAAAUAGAAGAAAUUCUAAGCUUACAAAGAAAAGUUAGUUCAUUGGCAGAGGUCAUUUGACACCAAUGAGGACAUAUUUAUGAAUAAAGACAUUGAUUUUGAUUAAUAAAACACUUGAAAUCCUACUUACAGUCCCUUUAAGUAUAAAUUUGUUGCAUUUAAAACCAUGGACAAGUAUUUAAUUAAAGGUCCACUGUGUAGAUUUUUAGCGGCAUCUAGCGGUGAGACUGUGAAUUGCAACCAGGCUCACCCCUCCCUUUCGAAAUGCAUAGUGAAGCUACGGUAGCCGCCACAGGACAAACAUGUCAUCGCCGGAGACAAUGGCCGUUUCUCAAUCCGAAGGCAGCAGCCUGCGUAGGUCGCAUAUGCAGGAUGCAUAUGUCAUCACGCCUGGUUUAUUUAAAGGGGACAUAUCUGACUUUUUCCAUGUUAAAGUGCUACAAUUGGCUCCCCAGUGCUUCUAUCAACCUAGAAAAUGUGAAAAAGAUCAACCCAGGAACUUAGUUUUGGUAAAAAAUUCUUUGCAAGCAUGUGAAAAAUAGGUAAUUUGAAAUUUGGCUCCUCUUGUGAUGUCAGAAGGGGAUCUUAUUAUGAUAAUACUGCCGCUUAAUCUGCACGACCCAACCACAGCACCGGCAUUUAGUGCAAAGGGAGAGAGAGUGAGAGAGAAAAUAAUUGACAGCACAACUGACCAUUAUGCCGAUCAGUGUUUGCAUUUCAUCCGCUCAUUUGCAUUUAAAGGGACACACCCAAAACUGCAGAUUUUUGCUUACACCUACAAAGUGGCAAUUUUAACAUGCUGUAAUAAUUUAUCUAUAUGGUAUUUUGAGUUUAAACUUCACAUAUGUACUCUGGGGACACAAAAUAUUUAUUUUACAUCUUAAAGGGGACAGAAAUUAAAAAACGAUUUUUACCUUGUCUUUGUUGAAUAAUGGUAGUCUACCCGCAUUCACGAACAUACAAAAAGUGCUAGACAUGCUAAACAUCUCAGUCUCAUAGAAAUUCCUCUUUUAGAAAUGUCAGCCAGAAAACGACCCAAUCUGAAAAACUGAUGCUUAUGACAUCACAAGCAUCUCACUGCCCCUCCACUUUAAAAUAAUUGGCUACAUUUUUUGAGUGGCAGCAAAGUCAGCCAGUCAGUAAUGAGAUUGCAAGUUAAGCCAGUAGGGGGAGCCAAAUAGGUGCAAAACCACUUGUUUAAAAUCACCCACCCUAAUAGAGCUAUCUGAGAGAGGUUUUUAGGAAGCUUCUAAGGCAUUACAGACCCAAACAAAAAACUUUUAUGUCUACAUGUCACAUCACAGAACACGGAUAAAUACCCCGUUCAAUCAUUCUAUGUCACCUUUAAAAAAAGUCUUGUGAAAUGUCCCCUUUAAGUUAACUGAGCAUUACAUUCGCAAGUCAUAAGCAUAUUAAAGCAUUUAUAUUCUGAAAUAAGACAGCAGCCUACAAAUGCGACCUACAGCCUUCGGAUUGAGAAACUGCCAAUGUAGUGACAAAAUUACCUCUAGUACUACUUAUGGCUACGAUAGAAACAUGACGGCACAAAAUGGUGACUUCCAUGUAAGGUAAUAAAAACAAUACAGUUCAUUUUGUAAGGUCUUUAUACACCACUGAUAAUAUAGUUAUUAUAUUGCAUUUCUGUCAAGAGAUCCUUCUAAAAGUUACAUAAUGCACCUUUAAUUUUCCAGAUCUGAUGUUGUUAAAAGUUAAAGUCAAAAACCUGUGUUGCCAUUUUUUAAAGAAUGUUAUAUGUUAAAUUUAUUACUUUUUCAUGAUGGGCUACAAAAUAAAAAUGUAGUAAAUGUAAAAUAUUUGGUUUAUUUUGGUUUAAAUGUGGUAUGUUACAUAGAAUAUAUGUCGCAUAUCAUCAAAGCAGUUAUGAAAAAUAAUGUAAUUUAUUUUUUUCAGGACUACACUCUUAAAAAUUAAGGUGCUUCACAAUGACAUAGAAGAGACAUUUUGGCUAAAAGAACCUUAAUCUUCUUUCACAAAAGGUGCUUUAACUAAAUGGUUCUUUGAGGAACCAAAAAUGGCAUCGAUGUGAAGCAUCUAUAUUUUUAAGAGUCCUGGUAGCUAAAUAGCCCGUCUGUUUAAUUAUUUUUAUAAUAAAAUAUUAUAAUACUGUCACUGUACUUUAAUAUCCCUCUAUUAUUAUAAGUACCAUCACUUCAUCAUUAUCAUAUUUGCUGUUUUUGUUUCCGCUAAAUCAAACUUUUUUGCUCUGCUCUACAAUUAUCUUGAACUAUGUAGCUGUUUUUUAUUGAGUUUGCCCUUGUAUUUGUAUUCUGAAGAGCACUGCAUUUAUACUGAAUAUAUUUAGCCUGAUACUUUGAAGCCUAAAGGUUUCCAGAAGAGUCUAUUAAUGUGCAGUACAUAUGAAGCAAUAUGAAUAUUGCUGUAAUACUGUGAAACCGCCAUACAGGUAAUAAGAUGUUCCUGCCAUAUUUCAUACAGGUAGCCAAGCAAUCUGCUCUCAUUGGUCGUUUGUAUUCUCAACAUGAUUUCACAGCUGUACAUAAUGUUAAAUUAAUGUAUUCUGCCAAAACCCUGGAUUUAUUUAUCAUGUCCUUGUGCAGAAAGAGUAAUCAAGAUGUCUAAUUCCCGCUGUAGCUAAGACAAGUGUUCAUUAUGGCCUAUGUAUUUGUUGUUUGUUUUAACUGUUGUGAUCACACAAGUAGAUGCCAAACAGAAAUUUUAUUUUACAUGGAUUUUGGUAAAUAUACUUCUUAGUGUAUAAAGUUUUCUCUGAGUUUUAAUGUAUUACCGCAGUAUUGUAAAAAAUUAUAUUUGACCUCUAUGUGCAUUCAACAUGUUCAAUUUAAAUCUUUCAGUCAUAAUUUUCUCUAUGAUGUGUGAUAAGACGCUCUGUGAACAUUCAAAUAUAUUUUCUGCGAAAAGGUUUUAUGUAGGGGACAGAGCAGAAGUAAAACCUUGUCUAUAAAGAAAUUAGGCAAGUGAUCGAGUACACUGAAGAAAAAUUGUGUAUUUCAUCACUUUCAUGUAUCAGCUCGACCUAUUAUGUCAUGUUUGUGGCUUUUGUAUUUUGUUACUUGAUGUGCAGAAUAAAUGUUUUCGACAGUG